AACAACAUGGCGGCUUACAACACAGUUAUCGAGCACAUCAAUGCUGCACAAAGCAAACCAUUGCUACAUAAAGUACAGUUGGUGGAUGAAAUUCUGCGUGGUACAAGUAUUAAGGAAUUAAAAUCCUCCUUUUCUUUCAUUGUCCAUGAGAUAUUUGAUUUUGAACGAGACCAGAAUCAGGGAUGGCAGCUGGACAAAAUACAUCGACAUUACCAAUCAGAACUGUUUGAUUGCGUACGAGCACUUUUGGCUCCGGAAGGUCCUAUGAUGAAAGUUGUUAACAGUUUGCACAAUGACUCUUCUGCACUGUAUGAGUUCCCAUUGAAGUACAUACCAGCUCCUGCUAGGCAAAUGAUUGAAAGUGGUGCCAUCCCUUCCUUCUAUGCUAACAAACUACAGACACAGAACUUCAGGCCUGCUGUACUUGUGUUAAAUGCGUUUGAAUUUUAUAUCUUUCACCUUGCUUUUGCAUUGGUGAGUCCAGUGUGGCGUGCCAGAAAUCAAAGCUGGAGUGAUCUCUAUGAGUAUAUUUAUCCCACCAUCAUCGACAGUUUGUUGAUCUACUUUUUCCCGUGUGACAAGAACUCCCUUCCCAGCAUACCACACAGCAGUUCCACUGGGAGGCCACCUAUCAUCACACAGACACAAGGACGUCCAUACAGCUACAGCACUGGACAGGCCCCAUAUUUGAAUGCUGGUAACAAUAACAGAAGCUUGUUUAAGACCAGUUUUAUCAAUGCCCAGAAACAGCACAUGCAGAGCAUGCCAGUGUAUGAUCAAGCGGAAACUGAAAUCUGGCGCUCGGAAACACUUUUACAGGUCCUAACUGAGUUUUGGCUGAAUCAAAACUCAUUAAAUUCAAAUGAAACGCACGCUUAUUCUAGUGGAUUUCAGGUUCCAGAUAUGUUUUAUAGAGAUCCAUUUCAGUCUAUACUUGAACAUUUCCUGCCCACUAUGAAUCAUGUCAAAAUGGUUAGACUACUGGUCAAAUAUUUGCAUUACUUUGCAAAUAGUGCAACAUCGAUUAUUACCUCCCCUUACCAACAAACUGUUCACUCUCCCCUUGACCAGUUCAAAAGAUCAGUGAUUCCCCACAUACUUCAGAAGAAACUCUACACUUUUUUGAGGCAUGGGUUCAACAGGUGGCCUCUAGAUUCCUGCUUUAGAAUGGUCCUUGAGACAUGGCUGAGCUACAUACAGCCCUGGCGAUACAAGAACUUUGCUAAAGGAGUGAUCAUUGCAGUCCAACACCCAGAGUCAUCAGAGCAGGUCAAAUUUGUGGAAAACAGAUGGGAGCGCUUUGUGGAAGAGAAUUUGUUGUUUUAUACAGCACUGCUGUCUGAUUUUAUCCCGCGUGUCUUCAGGAUGGACUUGUCAUCUCCGUACAGUGCCUAUAUGGUGUACAGGGUGUCUAGGAUAUUGAGUCUUCCUAAUUUAACUAAAUUGAUUUAUAAAGCUGAGCUAGAGCUGUUUGGCAACAUUCCCCACCACAACGACCUGGGUAACAGCUACAUCACCAACAGCAUGCUGAUGUCACACACUCUACCCUCACAGAUGUUGGACCUGGAGGGGCCCAACUUUCAGUACCAGUCUUUCUUUAGUGAAGAUAUGAAGUAUAGUAUGUCUCGAGUGGUCAAGCAGUUGUUCGAGUCCCUGGACAUGAUCAGAACCCAGCUGAUGACCUCUACGUCCAGCAAAAAUUCAAAGAAAAAGAAGGGAAUCCUCGCUAAGGUGUUAGGUCUCUGCGGGACCAAGAGCAUUUAUUCAACACCAGAGUACGAACGGCUGCCUGGGCAUUUGGAGCAAUCCAUCAUCAACUUUUGUACUGUUUUUGAUCUAACUAACCCACUGUGUGACUCUGAGCCCCCUGUUGACUCCCACCUGAGCACAUCCAUAGCUAAUGAAUCCAUGUACCUGGCUGAUGCUGAGGUCAGGUACCCAGACUGUAUUGAGACGGAGAUGGGGAUCAGACUCACAGAUUUAGGUCGCAGACAGCUGAUAAACAAAGAGAGAAAAUUUGAGAGCUUUUACGUAGGAGACCCAGAGCUCCAGCCCGUGAGGAGUUAUGAGAACACGGCUUUGGUCCGUCUGCUCUUCCACUUCUGCUCUUUCAUUAAUUUAUACUUCAGAAAAGAGUUUGAGAACGCCUACAAAGAUGAAUCUUUCAAAGGCUACUUAGCUCGUGUGUUUCUCAUCCCCCCCUCCUACCCUGAGGACCAGCUGAGGAGAGUUCGUUCACCCAUAUCCGAUCGGACAGCCCAGCUUAUCCGCUCCCACCAGCCUCGGAUCAGCUUACGUUUCCUGGCCAGUUACCACACCAUGAUCUACAUCUGCCUGGCGUAUCUCUGCUCGAUGUUUGUUCUUGGGACGGGUCCAUUAAGUUUCUUCUUCCUUGUGUUAGUGAUUGUUAUUUUGGGUGGACUAUUAAAGGCUGUUAAGGCAUAUCUUUUUCAUAAAAAAAUAGAAUAAAGGGAAAUAACCACCUCAGGUAUGUAUUAUUAUUAAUGUAUGAUUAGAACAGCUGAAAUCUUGAAAAUGAAACAAUGCUUUUUACUGCAUUUUUUACUGAAAAUUAUUAUAAAGUGUAUACAUGUAUUUAUUUAAGUGGACAGUGUGUUCAAUUUAUAUUUUGAUCAUUGACAUAAAGAAAAACAGAUGUAUAUUUUCUGAUCUGUCGUUUUGUACAUUGUUUUUAUUGCCCAUUGUAUUAUAU